AUGCACCAAUACUACCUUCUUGCUCUCCUUCCUGCGGCCUUGGGCUGCCUAAACACCGACACAAACGCCUGUGCCAGCUACAUCAAGUCCAACGCCGCCGCGUCGACCUUCUGCGCCACCUUCACCAAGAGCACCGUAACUGCCACCACCGCUCUACCCGCCUGGGCUACCAACUGCUCGCAGAAGCCGAGUCUAAUCUCCGCUGAGUGUACUUGCGCCUACAGUGGUGCUGGUGGUAGCUCGCCGACUACAACGCUGAAGACUACUACUACCGCAGGAGGCUCUACGCCCACCGGAGUUACUACCACUCUACCCAAGUCCACUGGAGCUACUUCUACGAGCAAGGCCAUCACCGUCUCUGCUGGACAGUCUUAUGAUGGCGGCAUGAAGAAGUUUGACCGCAGCCCUAGGGUUUGCGCUGAGCAAGAUGAGACAGGUGAAGCUGAUGCCAUGUUCGUGCUUGAGGCCGGUGCCACCCUCUCGAACGUCAUUAUUGGGCCCGAUCAGGCAGAGGGUGUUCACUGCAAGGGAACUUGUAACAACGUUUGGUGGGAAGACGUUUGCGAGGAUGCUCUGACCUUGAAGCAGACCAGCGGAACCUCUUACGUCAACGGCGGUGGUGCCUUCAAGGCCGCGGACAAGAUCGUCCAAUUCAACGGCUUUGGAACUGUCUCGAUUAAGAACUUCUACGCUAAUGACUACGGAAAGGUCGUCCGAAGCUGUGGCAACUGCAGCGGUAAUGGAGGUGCACGCAACAUUGUCAUGAACAACGUGAUUGCAAAGGACGGUGGAGUCCUCUGCGGCAUCAACACCAACUACGGCGAUACCUGCAAGGUCACUAGCUGUUGCCAAGAUGACAACAAGAUUUGUGAUAGGUACACCGGAAAUAACAGCGGUGCCGAGCCUACGAAGAUUGGCAGUGGCCCUGACGGCACUUACUGCGUCGCCACAAGCUUCACCACGGCCUGUUGA